GGCGCCGCGGUGCUGAUGUCAGGGCGCGGGGCGGCGGGCAGCGGCCGGCGGGGAGCGGCGGGGAGCGGCGGCAUGGCGGGCCCGGCGCGGCUGCUGGCGCUGUGCGGCGCCGCCGCCAUCCUGCUGCUCCUGCCGCCGCCCGCCCCCGCCGCCCCGCGCCGGCCGCCGCGCUGCGGGCCGCCCUGCAGCUGCUGGCGGGAGUCGGCGCUGUGCGUGGGCGCGGCGGGAGCACCGCGCAGCCUGCCCGCCGGCCUGGGCUCCCUGAGCCUGGUGAACGGGACCUUCUCCGAAGUGAAGGACAGGAUGUUUUCUCACCUGCCCUCCCUGCAGCUGCUCUUGCUGAACUCCAACUCCUUCACUGUUAUACGAGAUGAUGCCUUUGCUGGUCUCUUCCAUCUAGAGUAUCUAUUCAUUGAAGGAAACAAAAUUGAAACCAUUUCAAGAAAUGCGUUUCGUGGCCUUCGAGACCUGACUCACCUUUCUUUGGCCAAUAACCAUCUCAAAGCUCUGCCAAGGGAUGUCUUCAGUGAUUUAGAUUCUUUAAUUGAACUAGAUUUAAGGGGAAAUAAAUUUGAGUGUGACUGCAAAGCCAAGUGGUUGUUUUUGUGGUUAAAGAUGACAAAUUCCACUGUUUCUGAUGUCCUGUGUAUUGGUCCAGCAGAAUAUCAGGAUAAGAAGUUAAAUGAUGUGACAAGUUUUGAUUAUGAAUGCACCACUACAGAUUUUGUUGUUCACCAGAUUUUGCCCUACCAGUCCGUUUCAGUGGAUACUUUCAACUCAAAGAAUGAUGUGUUUGUAGCCAUUGCACAGCCCAGCAUGGAGAACUGCAUGGUGCUGGAGUGGGACCACAUUGAAAUGAAUUUCAGGAGUUAUGACAAUAUCACAGGUCAGUCCAUAGUGGGAUGUAAAGCCAUUCUUGUUGGUGAGCAAGUCUUUGUGGUGGUGGCACAGCUCUUUGGUGGCUCACACAUUUACAAGUAUGAUGAAAGCUGGACAAAGUUUGUCAAAUUCCAGGACAUCGAAGUAUCUCGCAUUUCCAAGCCAAAUGAUAUUGAGUUUUUUGAGAUAGACAGUGAAAUGUUUUUUGUCAUAGCAGAUAGUUCUAAAGCAGGUUUGUCAACAGUGUACAAGUGGAAUAACAAAGGAUUUUACUCAUACCAGUCCCUUCACGAGUGGUUCAGGGACACCGAUGCUGAGUUUCUUGAUAUAGAUGGGAAAUCACAUUUAAUCCUCUCUAGCCGCUCGCAGGUUCCUAUCAUACUGCAGUGGAACAAGAGUUCCAAAAAGUUUGUCCCACACAGUGAAAUCCCCAGCAUGGAAGAUGUCUUGUCUGUGAAGAGUUUCAGGAUGCAAGACAACCUGUACCUCACGCUGACAAGAUACAUUGGUGACUCCAGAGUUAUGAAAUGGAAUAGCAAACAGUUUGUGGAGAUACAGGCUCUUCCAUCCCGAGGAGCCAUGACGCUGCAGCCUUUCUCCUUCAAGAACAACUACUACCUAGCCUUGGGCAGUGACUAUACCUUUUCCCAGAUUUACCAGUGGGAUGGUGAAAAGAAGAUCUUCAGAUUAUUUAAAGAAAUCUAUGUGCAAGCACCACGGUCUUUCACAGCUGUGUCAACCGAUCGAAGAGAUUUUUUCUUUGCCUCUAGUUUUAAAGGAAACACUCAGAUAUUUGAACAUAUCAUCAUCGACUUGAGUUUAUGAAAAGCUGCUGGAGUGAAAUUCAUGUAGAAUGGCAUUUAUAUACAAACAAAACAGGAAAAGACCUUUCAAAAAACAGGGUGCACCUAUGAAGUAUGAUGACAUUUUCUGAACUUUUCAAACUUGCAUAUUAAUCAGGGAUUGCAUUUACUUGCUUACUGCAUGACAUGUCUAUUUCAUCCUUUUUCAAAGAGACUCUUCAAUUUGAAGUCAUUCAGAUGAGAGUGCACUGCAUUAGGAUUAAUGUUGACAUCUAAGAGAAUGAGCUAAGUUUUACCCAGAAACCUACCUUGAAUUGAACAUCUCAUAAAGAAAGCAAAGAGUAAGCCAUACAAAGCAUAGAAAUUAUCUUGACUCUUAAACUAACAUGUUAGUAGUUUAUUUAAGAUUACAGCUACUUCUUCAUGGUUGCUGAUGAAUUGUAAAGGUGACCAGUGGCAUUCCAGAAUACACUUUAUUUUGGUUUCUUGAGGCCUGUCUGUAAAAAUCUGUCUUUGUGGUUUACUGCAAGACUGAGGCAUAAUUUUAAUUUAUUGCAGAUUAAAGGGAAAGUCAACAUCUAUUGCCAUUUUUUCACAUUAAUCACUAUUUCAGCAACAAAUUGUGCUUACCAAAUAGCCCAGCCCACAAGAAGGGUUAUAUGCUGUAGCACAUCUGUACACCAUAAGAUGAUUUAUCCUCCAGUGUUCUUCCCUCAGCACAGCUCACAAGCAGUAAGUUCCAGUUUUGGUCACCACAGGCUGAAUCUGCAGAAUCCUUUUGGGCUGAGGUUUAAAUAUGACCUCAGUGCCAGUGAACCUUCUGGAACCAAAGCAGCUGGAGCUGUUUCAGGCUGCAGCCAGCCCUUGCUUCAAGAAGGGUUUCCUCUUGGUAGCUCCAGGCAUUUGCCAAGUUGCCAAGCCAUUGAAGGUUAAACAGGAGGAUAUGAGCAGAGGGUGCUGCCUUAAUGUUUUGGGUGGCUACAGACUAAGGCAUUCAGUCAUUCUAAAUAGGGCAGUCCUGGCAUGCAGAGCCUCUGUCAGGGUAACAGGGACUUUUUUCCUGCAAAGGCUCUCCACUGUCCUUGUCCAACAUAGUUGUCUAUCAGAGGGUCCGUUUGUUCACUUAAAUGGUAUUUUUUGGUAAGUUUUCAUACCACUUAGUGUAUUGGGUUGUUUUAUCAUGUCUUGUUGCUGCAUUGCUGCCUUGGAUAAUAGGGAGGCUUUGCAUAAAGCAGGCGAAACAAAGGAAACUGUCCUUUAUUACUUCAUACUCAGGGCUAGCUCACCGUCUUUGUGCCAAGUGAGCUUUGUGGUUUUACCUUGGACAUGUGAAACACAGUCUCUUGUCACAAACAGAGAUGUUCCCACAGGCUUUCCAACAUCCAAGGUGUGAACAGUGCUGCAGAAGACAAUUAUUCAUAAAGACUCCCUUGAGGAGUCAACCCAUCAGUGACCUGGAACAUCACAGCCUUACCCAGUGUUUGCUUCACUGCUAUGAAAUAAAAUGAUUACUGUCAGAGACAUAACUGAUCUUAUUCUGCUUUUAAAUGACGGGAUUUUUUUUGCUAGAGGUGCUCAUCCUGGUUUCAUUUUUAGUUACUUUGGCAGUUUAGCCCAGCCAGCCAUCUGAAUUACUACACACUGCCUUCCAAAUCCCAAAGCUGUGUCAGUCCCAUUGGUUCAAUCAGACCAGUAAAUGCAAACCAACCCUCUGCAGCAUGUUUUAGCAAUACCUCUCCUAGGAUUAAGCUAACAAAUCUGACAAAAAUGAAGGUAUGUUUCCUAUGUCUACCAGCAAAUGCAAUGUCCUACAGCGUUCCCAGUUUACUUUUGAAGUGGGUAUGGCUGGCAAGUGAUGGUUCUUUAAACUGUGUUGUGGGAAGUCUAUUUUUUUUCCUCUCAUUUGUCUGGUGAAGGAAAAGAGCUUAUGUAUCCAGUACCUGUGGAUUGUACUGUUUCAAGAGCCAAGGGGAUUUUGAGACUUGGCUAUCAAGUUGAAAUAAAUUAAAGUGGUCUCUGCAGAGACAGGCUUAAUAAAGAGGAUAAAGUGAUCCACAGGAGUCUAACUCAUUCAUACAGGACAAGAAGAAGAAAGUGAGUGAAAUUAACUCUGUGUGCAGGCUGCUGCUUCUGCUGAGUAUCUAUGUUGAUUGGUCAGAAAGCCCAGCUCAGCACUGCUCCCAGCUUCAGGAGGAGCCCGGAGUCGGAGGCUCAGGGAGGCCAGCUCACCUGUCCUGCUGAGUUAGUGCACAGGAGGUCAAGGCAGCUAAGAGGCAGAGCAAAAAAGCCCCAGCUGAUAAACAAAAGGGGUUAUGGAACAUUUCUCAGGUUUAAACAGGCAGUGUCUCAAAAAGAGCCUUUUUUUGCUCUUGCUGUUCCCAAGGAAAAGCUGCAGGAUGCAGCCAUAACAACAGAAAUCACUAAGCAUCGAAAAUACUUCCUGCUUCUCCAAACACAACAGUUUUGUCUCCAUGGCCUAUAUUCUCUAAUAGAAAUUGUUUUGAGUAAUAAAUAAAAUAUGCAUAUCUGUAGUUUACUACAGCAGUUAGAUCAUCAGGACAGUGAGAAAGGAUAACAGAACAUGCCACCUGGUAAUUUUUAUUAUAUUCUAAAAUACAUACAACUAUGUAAAGAACUGUAGUUUAUAUAAGCAUAGUUUUAAUACAGUGUACUAGAUACAGGGGGAGCAUUUUAAGCCUGUAUAUAUAUUGAGCUUUUUUUAGUAAAGAGGAGCUGAUGCAGUCUGUGCUACUGACACCUGUAUGUACUCUUUCCAUGUACAAAUAAAAUGCAAUUAAUGAGUCUAA